GCUGUCUCCCCAAAACGUGACAUCUUUGUCAAGUUUUGUCUAAAUGAUGGCGUAAAGCAACGUUCAAUGAUAAUUCGGAUUUGUCUAUUCAUAAUUAUAGUUCAGCGUCUAUUUAAUUUCAUGUAAAUGGUAACGUUAAGCAAACAUACUAUAAUUUCCAACAAAAACAAAAAAGUAAGGAAUAUAGAAUCUAAGUCUAAUCAAAAUUUUGAAUCGUCUUUCCUAAUCACCAUAAUUUUAUUUCAGUUUCGCGCUCCCUGAAGCAGUUUCGACUCACUCACAGUGACUUCCUCCAAUCCCAUACUGUCAUUUCAGAGUGGCGGCUGUGUCAAGAGUCGACGGAAAUAUACACUAGCAGGAUGGUCAAGGCUUACACGUUGCGGCUUCGAAGAAUGUACCACACUUUGUUGGUCGUCUGCAUCCUUGGCGUGACUGUGUCUGCUCAGUGCCCCGGGAAAUGCUCAUGCUCUCCAGCAGGUGUGAGGUGCAGAGGUCUUCGGUUGACUGUGGUGAUACCUACAGACUACGUCAACAUCUCCAUUACCAAUUCCAACUUGAAAUCUCUGGACAACACCUCGUUCGGCAGGAAUAUCGAACAUUUCAUAAUCAGUGAGAGCAUCAUCACAUCCAUCGCCCCAUCAGCCUUUACGGGCCUGGUGAACGUUAGGAGUAUCACGUUUUACAGUACAACUAUUACAGCCAUCAAACCUUGUUCUUUUUCUUCCAUCCGUCAUUCAGCUUCCAUCUCCUUUGAAUUAGCAAAUAUAGCAGACAUAGAAAGAGGAGCAUUUUCUAACCUGAAAGGACUACAGCAGCUUACAUUCAAGGGAAGUCAUAUAGAAACAAUCCAUUCCGAUGCGUUUUUUGAUUUCGACGUUCAAAGAUUCCUUUUGGACGACACGGAGAUUCCCACAUUGGAAACUGGCGCUUUCAAUGGCAAAGUUGAGGUGAAUGAAUUAAACUUCACUGGUGUGUCUUUUACUACUAUCAAAAGCCAAGCUUUCAUAGGUUUUUCUCGAAUCAGUCGUUCAGUGAUAACAUCUUGUAGAUUCGAAAUUCUUUAUUGCAACCCACUCCCAUAUCUCUACCAAGCAACGCAGGCGGCAAAAGGGACUUUCUCUCUAUCCAACUCUUCGUUUGUGUGUGACUGCUUCACAGUGCCUCUUAUGAACUUUAUUAAUGUGAACAGUAUUUAUAUUCCGAGUUCUGUACUAUGCGUAUUGCCGCCAACGGGUAGUCGAGUGCCUUUUAAUGCAACUUCGGUAUCGGACGCAUGCCCCCAAAAAUUGGAUCUGAACUGUGGAAAAAAGGUCAGAACGCCCAUGACACUUCAGUGUGGGGGAGAGGUGUUGAUACCUGCGACAACCAACCCAAACACUGUUCAUGUGAUUGAUGAUGUGACAACUAACAGUGGAAGAACAUACACUGAGCCUCAUCAGGGCUCAUUCAGCGGUGGGCAAAAUCAAAAUAGUUCAGCCUAUCGUUCUUCCUCAUUAGUUAUGCCUCUUAAAUUGUGCACAUCAGCGGUUUUUAUCGUCAUGUUGUUCUACUGAUCUUUUUUUCAAUCACUUCUGUUCCUAAUCAUGAUGCUUUUUUACUUUUGUUCAUGAAAGGCAAGUAAUCAGUUGUGUGCCCUGGCACAGUCCCAGGUGGAGCACUCACUUUUGAUGUGAAGUAAGCUCUACAGAAUAAUAGGUUGUCUUAUUGUCCUUAGUUGCCCCCCCCCC